GAAAACAUUUUCGUCUUGUUUUCUUGACGAGGAGAAAGAGAAACAACAAAACAGAGAAGGGGAGACUGGCUGGUUGGUAACUUUCCUUCGUUGUUUGGGUUCUGUUUUUCUCUCUUCUUCUUCUCCUACAGUUUCUUUUUCUGUACUCACACAUAUAUUCUAGGUUGUGGCUCUAAAUUUAUUAGAAAUUAAAGACAAACUUACAUGAUUGAUCACCGCUUUAAGUAAUUGAAUUGAUUUUGGACUAAUGGCGAGUGGUCCCGGAGACGAAAACGACGCAGUCUUAAGCGAUGUAGAGGGAGACGAUCCGCUUCCGAUUGUUAUUAGAACUCCGAGUUUAGAAGAUAUUUCCGUAGAAAAAUAUCGCGAGCUUCUCGCGGAACUCGAUCGUGAGAGAAUUGCACGAGAAGCAGCGGAGACGUCUAAAUCGGAACUCCAAGUAUCAUUCAAUCGGUUAAAAGCACUAGCGCAUGAAGCGAUCAAGAAACGGGAUGAGUGCGCGAGACAAAGAGAUGAAGCUUUGAGAGAUAAAGAAGAAGCAUUGAAAGAGAAAGAGAGAAUAUCUGUAGAAUUGAGUGAUUUGAAUAAGCAGAGAGAUGAAAUCGUGAAACAAUUCGAUGAGGUGGUGAAAGUUAAGGAAGGAUUGCAAUCGGAGAUUGAGAGUUCGAGACAUAUGUUAAUUAGUGGAAUUGAGAAAAUAUCUAAUAAAGUUAGUAAUUUCAAGAAUUUUUCUGCUUUAGGGUUACCUAGGUCACACAAAUAUAAUGGAUUACAAGCUGUUGCCUAUGGUGUUAUUAAAAGAACGAAUGAGAUCGUUGAGGAGAUGAUUAAGCAAAUUGAUGUAACUACGAAGUCAAGAAAUGAAGCUAGAGAACAAAUUGAGCAGAGAAAUUACGAGAUUGCUAUUGAGGUGUCUCAACUUGAAGCUUCGAUUAGUGGACUGAGAGAUGAGGCAGCAGAGAAGUGUUCUGUGAUUGAGAAUUUACAGAAGAGUUUGGCGGAGAAGGAAGGUAAGGUUGCAGAAGUUGAGAGAGAGUUGUUGGAGAAAACGCAUUUGGUUGAGAAGGAAGGUUUAGAGAUGAAGGAAGUAAUUCGGGAGUAUGAUGAUAAGUUGAGGGAUUUUGAGUCGAAGAUUGAACUGCAGAGACCCUUGUUGGUCGAUCAGUUGAAAUUAGUUGCGCAGAUUCAUGACCGGCUUUAUGAUGUUAUUAAGAUUGUUGAUAGUAAUCAUUUGGAUUCGGAGUUGUCGGAGUCUUUGUUUCUCCCCCAACAAACAGAUAUGGAGGAGAAUCUACGUGCUUCUUUAGCAGGGAUGGAAUCAAUUUAUGAGUUGAGUAGAAUUGUUGGUGAAAAAACAAGGGAUUUAUUGGAGGAGAAGAGUCAUGAGGUGAAGGUUUUGAAUGAAAUGGUGGCUCGAUUGGUUAAGGAGAAAGAACAUAUUGGUUCAUUACUUAGAAGUGCUUUGUCGAAGAGGAUGAAAUUGGACCAAUCUUCCAAAACCAGUGAAUUGUUUCAAGCUGCAGAGAAUGGCUUAAAGGAGGCUGGGAUAGAUUUCAAAUUUAGUAAGGUUAUUGGGGAUAACAAGAUAUCCGGAUCUCAAGACAAAGGUGGUACUCCAUACAUGGAAGAGGACGAAGUAUACACUUUGGCUGGUGCUUUGGAGAAUAUCGUCAAGGUAUCUCAGCUUGAGAUCAUUGAGCUACAACAUAAUGUGGAGGAAUUGAGGGCAGAGGUGCAUUUACUUAAAGAGCAUGCAGAGGCUCAGUCAAAGGAAUUGGGCUAUAGAAUGCAUAGAAUAGAGGAACUUGAAGAAAAGGAGAGAGUGGCAAAUGAAAGUGUUGAAGGGCUUAUGAUGGAUAUUGCUGCUGCUGAAGAAGAAAUUACUAGAUGGAAAGUAGCAGCAGAACAAGAGGCUGCUGCCGGCCGAGCUGUUGAGCAGGAAUUUGUUGCUCAGCUGUCUGCACUUAAACAAGAACUUGAAGAGGUAAGGUUAGCCAUGUUAGAAUCAGAGAAAAAGCUAAAAUUCAAAGAAGAGACAGCAACUGCAGCGAUGGCAGCAAGAGAGGCUGCCGAGAAGUCAUUGAGAUUGGCUGACAUGAGGGCAUCUAGGCUGAGGGAUAGGGUAGAGGAGCUUAGUCAUCAGCUUGAAGAGUUUGAAACCCGAGAAGACUCAAGGGGCCGAAAUGGACCUAGAUAUGUAUGCUGGCCAUGGCAGUGGCUGGGACUGGAAUUCGUGGGCUCUCGCAGACCUGAAACACAACAGACAUCAAAUGAAAUGGAGCUCUCUGAACCCCUUCUAUGAUUAUUUCUUUCCCUUGUCCAUUCUUUUUGUUUUUUUCUACUUGUGUAUUUAUUUUGAACUUUCAAAAUAUAAUUUUCAAGAAAUUUUACACCCUUCUUCAAGGCCAGCUUAUUUCAUGCGCUACUGUUUAUAUAAGGAUAAAGAUUUGCAUCGCA